AUGCCUAACCUACCUGUUUGUCCUUCGUGUAAUGGACACCUUAAAGCUGGUCGUCGAAUGACUCGAAUUAAGAAUGAAGAAAUGUUGAACUCGUUGAAAAGUAUUUACAAUACGCCGCUCGAAAUCGAUUCUAAGGUAUGUGAUAGUUGUCGUCUAUUGAGUAAAAGGAAAAUUCAAGAUAUUAGUAAUAUAGAAAAUGUUGAACCUGAGAUUGAAAAUUCCACUGAAGGCCUGAGUAAUACAAAAAUGCUAAGGCUACCAAUUUCGAGAUGUAUUGCUAGUCAAUCAAAAUGUGUUAUUUGCAAAAGUGUAAAUGGUCGAAAUAGAAUUUCACCUCAGGCGAGAUUAAAGGUAUUUAUUGAUCAUGGCAUUCUUAUUCCACCAAGCUCUAGAUCUUGCAAUACACAUUUAGAAGAAGAAUUCUUGACUGACAAUGCAGUCAAUAUGAUGGAAUUAUUGCCGUUUUCAGAUCUAAAUGCGAAUGAGGUAAUGGAGCUUUUAACCGAUCUUCGGGAUCAAGCAAAAAAGAAAGGCUUAGAUUUUGAUAAUAGUAGCGCGUUGGCUGAUGAAGACUAUUCUCGACUAACAGGUUUCAAUAAAAAUCAAUUUGAUCAGGUUGUUGAUUUCGUCCAAGAUAGCAUUCGACAUACUGUUAAUCGUUCUUCGCGAAAGUGUGUGGCAUUAUGUUUAAUGAAGUUGCGUACGGGUCUUUCCCAUUCCAUCUUGUCUACUCUUUUUGCAAUGGAUAAAAGAAACAUUGGCCGAUCGAUUACAACUGCUAGAAAUGCUCUAAGCAAAUGUUUUGUUCGGCGAUUUCUUGGGAUCGAACACAUUUCACGUGAUGAAGUUAUUAAUAAGCAUACAACUAAAAUAGCUAAAACCCUAUUUACGAAUAAUGAAGAUGAAGCUAUUCUCGUAGCUGAUGGAACUUAUGUUUAUAUUCAAAAAAGUUCCAAUUAUUCGUUCCAGAGAAAAACUUUUUCCGUACAUAAAGGUCGGCCUUUAGUUAAACCAAUGAUGAUAGUUACAACUACUGGUUAUAUAAUAGAUGUUUUAGGUCCAUACUAUGCCAAUGGAAAGAAUAAUGACGCCAGCAUUUUUACAUCGUUACUUCGAUCAGAUUCAUCAAAAUUGCGUCAAUGGUUAAAUGAUAAUGACAUUUUUGUUGUUGAUCGUGGAUUUAGAGACUGCCAUGGUUUACUGGAAGAUCUUGAUCUUAUAUCAAAGAUGCCUCACUUUUUAGAAAAAGGAACACAGCAUACCACUCUUGAAGCGAAUGAAUCAAGACUAGUCACCAAAGUUCGAUGGGUUGUUGAAGCAGUCAAUGGCUUAAUAAAAACUUGGAAAGCACUAGAUCAUGUCUUUCCAAACAGCCAAAUACCAUUCAUUGGUGAUUACGUACAUAUUGUUUGCACAUUAUGCAAUGCCUUUCGACCUCCGCGCGUCAAAGAUAAGCCAGACGAUGAGAUAAUUGCAAAUCGCAUGCUGCAACUAGUAUCACAGGUCAAUCAUCUGCAAGAGACAGUAGAAAGUCAUGGUUGGACAAGAAAGCGAGUCAUUUGGGAACCGUUAGCUGAUACCGUUCUUACUGAUUUCCCGAAACUUACUUUGGAUGAAUUAACGUUAUUAAUGUUAGGUGUAUACCAGAUUAAGCAAGCCAGGUCUUAUACAGAUGAACAUCUAUCAGAUGAUGGUUUAUACUCACUAUUCAUACAUAGACAAGAGAGAUCGAUAAUUAGAGUGCAGAUUCAGUCUCGUCAUACAUCAUCAAAACUGUACAAUUUAUGGAUUCAGUACAAUGUUGGUAUAAAUCCUAUAGCUGGUUGGUAUUGUCAAUGCAAAGCUGGUGCUAGGAUUGUUGGAUGUUGUGCCCACGUCGCAAGUGUGUUGUGGUACCUCGGGUAUGCACGACAUAAUACCGACACUAAUCUAAGACGAUCACAAGAAUUUGAAAACCACAUCGUGGAUGCAGCUUCCUGCUGGACAGAUGAAGAAAGCAGUGAAUCAUCUUGA